AUGUCAUCUGCCUUUUUAGGUCCAGGAACGAGCCCUGCCCAUAAUGGCCAGGUCUGCAGCACAUGGGGAAAUUUCCACUUCAAGACCUUUGAUGGGGAUUUUUUCCAGCUCCCCUCCUCCUGCAACUAUAUCUUUACGUCUCUAUGCAAGAGCAGCUUUGAGGAUUUCAACAUCCAGAUAAGGCGGCAGGUGGUGAACGGCCUACCUACCAUCACCAUGAUCACCAUGAAGCUGGACGGGAUUGUACUAGAGCUGUCCAAAGAUUCCCUUACUGUCAAUGGCGAGAUUAUAACCCUGCCAUACAGUCAGUCUGGAGUCCUCAUUGAGAAGACCCCCUCUUAUCUUAAGAUCACUGCCAAACUGGGACUUGUUGCCAUACUGGAUGAAAAUAAUUCAUUCAUGGUGGAGAUGGACAACAAAUACAAAAACCAGACCUGUGGGCUUUGUGGUGACUUUAAUGGUGUCCAGCUCCAUGGAGAGUUCUUUAAAAAUGAUGUGAAACUGACUUCUUUUGAAUAUGGAAACUUCUGGAAGAUGGAUGAUCCAACAGAACGCUGCAAUGAACAGAUAUUAAGCUAUGAUAAGAAAUGCUCAAAUCUGACAUUGGUGUGUGAGCAGCUGUUUUCCAGCCCAUUCUUCAGCAGCUGCAGGGACCUGGUGGAUGUAGAACCAUUUGUCAAGGCUUGUGUAACAGACAUGUGUCACUGCGAUAACAGUAGCAGUGCUUCCUGCUUGUGUGACACCAUUUCAGAAUAUUCCCAUCAGUGUGUGCAUGCUGGGGGAAAGCCACAACAAUGGAGAACUGUCCAGUUCUGCUCGAAGUCAUGCCCUUUCAACAUGGAAUACCAGGAGUGUGGAAUCCCCUGUGCAGACACCUGCUCUAACACAGAGAGAAGUUACCUGUGUGAAGACCAUUGCAGCAAUGGCUGCUUCUGCCCACCUGGUACUGUUCUUGAUGACAUCAAACAGAGCGGCUGCAUCCCAAUCCAUGAGUGCUCCUGCAUGCACAAUGAAAAGGCAUACGCAUCUGGAGAAUCUUACACAAGCAGCUGCAAAAUAUGUACUUGUUCUGAAGGCCAGUGGAGCUGCAAUGAUGAGGAGUGCCCAGCAACCUGUUCUAUUGAGGGAGGUUCACAUGUGACCACCUAUGACAGGAAAGCAUACACAUUCCAUGGUGACUGUACUUAUGUUCUUUCUAAGGAAUGCAAUGGAACUCUAUUCACAGUAUUGGGUGACAUUGUUAAGUGUGGACUGACAGACACUGAGACCUGUUUCAAGCAUGUCACCAUGGCUCUUUCUGAAGACUCCACUGUGAUUAACAUCCAGGCAAAUGGGAAUGUCUAUGUCAAUGGAAUCUAUUCUCAGCUGCCCACAUCUACUGGAGGGGCAAUGAUUUUCAAACCGUCAACUUUUUAUAUCAUUAUCAAGACAUCUUUUGGGCUUCAGUUGGAGGUCCAGCUCUCACCAAUCAUGCAGGUCUACAUCACUGCAAGCAUUUUAUUCCGGAAAAAAACAUGUGGCCUGUGUGGAAACUUUAAUAGCAUCCAAGCUGAUGACUUAAGAGCUAUCAGUGGGGUGGUGGAGGGAACAGCAGCAGCUUUUGCCAAUACAUGGAAAACAAGAGCCAGUUGUCCUGAUAUAAAGAGCAGUUAUGAAAACCCCUGCAGUCUGAGUGUCCGAAAUGAGAAAUAUGCCCAACACUGGUGCUCUGUGCUGUCAGAUCCACAAGGAGUUCUCUCCCCAUGCCAUGCUGAAAUAAGCCCAGACAUCUACAAAGCAAACUGCAUAUAUGACACCUGUAACUGCGAGAAGACUGAGGACUGCAUGUGUGCUGCCAUCUCCUCCUAUGUCCAUGCCUGUACAGCGAAGGGAGUUCAACUAAACGGCUGGAGAAACACAAUCUGCAGUAAAUACUCCACAAACUGUCCCAGCACAAUGGUGUACAGGUACAAUAUAAAAAACAACAAUGGCACCUGCCGUUGCUACAGUGAUCCAGACUCUAGUUGUUCAUCAACCUUUGACCCUGUUGAUGGCUGUUCCUGCGCUGAAGGAACAUUCUUGGAUGAAGACGGCAAAUGUGUUUUGCCAACAAACUGCUCCUGCUACUACAAGGGCUUGGUUGUUACCCCUGGAGAGGUUUUGACCAAAGAUGGAGCCAUGUGCACCUGCAAGCAAGGAAAACUGAGCUGCAUUGGACAUCCAUAUUAUCGUACAGACUGCAGUGCCCCAAUGGUCUUCUUUAAUUGCUCCAAUUCUGGGACUAGAGUGAAGGGGGCUGAGUGCCAGAAGAGCUGCCUGACAAUGGACAUGACUUGUAUCAGCACAGAGUGCCUUUCAGGCUGUGUUUGUCCACCUGGACUGGUAUCAGAUGGAAAAGGGGGUUGUGUCAAAGAAGAGCUUUGUCCUUGUGUCCACAAUGGAGCUUCAUACCAACCUGGAGACAGCAUAAAAGUUGACUGCAACACCUGCACUUGCAAGGAGAGAAAAUGGCAUUGUACAACACUUCAGUGCCAGGGUACUUGUGGGAUUUAUGGUGAUGGGCAUUACACCACUUUUGACGGGAAGAAGUUCACUUUUAGUGGAAGCUGUGAAUACACUCUCACUCAGGACUACUGCAGCAACAAUAUCACCAAUGGCACCUUCAGAGUCAUCACAGAGAAUGUUCCCUGUGGAACUACUGGCACCACUUGUUCCAAAGCCAUCAAACUCUACCUAGGGAAAAAUGAGCUCAUACUGACAGAAGGGAACUACCAAGUGAUCCAAAGAGGUGAAGGAGUGCAGGUGCCAUAUCACAUCCAUACCAAGGGGAUUUACCUGGUGAUUGAGGCCAAUAAUGGCUUGAUCCUAAUAUGGGACAAGAAGACCAGCAUAUUUAUCAAAUUAGGCCCUAAGUUCAAGGGGCAUGUCUGUGGUCUUUGUGGAAAUUAUGAUGGCAAUGAAAAUAAUGAUUUUACCACCAGAAGCAAAGGAGUAGUUGUUCAUGUUCUAGAAUUUGGAAACAGUUGGAAAGUCUCUCCAAGCUGCCCAAAUACUGGCAGUAAAAAGGAUCCCUGCACUUCCAAUCCGUAUAGACAGUCUUGGGCUCAAAAGCAGUGCAGUAUCAUCACCAGUAAGGUGUUCACAGCCUGCCACUCUCAGGUGGAUCCCACUCAAUACUAUGAUGCUUGUGUGAGUGACUCCUGCGCAUGUGACAGUGGGGGAGAUUGUGAGUGCUUCUGCACUGCAGUAGCAGCUUAUGCAGAGGCCUGCAAUGAAGCUGGAGCCUGUGUUGUCUGGAGAAGCCCACAAAUCUGCCCUCUGUUCUGUGAUUUCUAUAACCCUCCUGGCGAAUGUGAGUGGCAUUAUAAGCCCUGUGGAGCGCCGUGUAUGAAGACCUGCAGGAAUCCUUCAGGAACAUGCUCAAAUCUGAUCCCAGCACUUGAAGGUUGCUAUCCAAAUUGCCCUCCUGAGCAGCCUUACUUUGACGAGGAGACAAUGAAGUGUGUUGGGAGAGAACAGUGUGGUUGCUAUGAUGGAGAGGGAAAUCACUACAGCAAUGGAGAGAAAGUUGCUUCCACAGAGAAUUGCCAAACAUGUUUUUGUGAAUUAUUAGGGAUACACUGCAGCUAUGAUAUUCAAGCUUGUUUCUGCACAUUCCAAAAGAACACAUACCCUUAUGGCGCGACCAUAUACAACACGACUGAUGGCCUUGGAAGUUGUAUCAUUGCUGUUUGUGGGGAGAAUGGGAUCAUUAACAGGACAAUUGACCGCAAUUGUUCUUGUAGCACUACAACACUUCCACACAGUUCAACCAUCCCAGGUACAACUACUUCUACAACCAUAGAACUAUCCACUGCAACAUUCUCCACAACAACCCAGCCUCCCAGGACAACCACCCCUGGUCUCCAGAAACAGUGCUUUGAUUAUGAGAUAAAAGUCAAAUGCUGUCAGCCAUGCCCAUCUCCUGGAACAUCAACGAUAACCAGUUUAACAACAUCUGAUUAUAUUAUCAGGACAGGACCGACACCCACCACACCUGCCACUUCCCAUCUUGAAAAUAUGACUACUUCAUUUAGCUCUUCACUAAAUCCUUGUACGUGCCUUUACAAUGGGACAUUGUUUAUACCUGGCAAAAUUAUUUACAAUGUAACUGAUCAUGAUGGAUGGUGUUACAAGGCUUACUGCAAUGAUACUUGCAGUAUAGAAGUUGAAGGAAGCCUCUGUAUUACAACUCCAGCUACAAGUACUUUGACACCAACAACCACCCACCUACAUGGAAACUGUGACACAUUUCAUCCCCCAAAGAAGAAUGGUGAAUCUUGGCAUUAUGAUAACUGCACCAUAGCCACCUGCCACAGAGGGAUUGUAACUUCGAAGCCAGUGCAGUGUGACCCUGUGAAGUCAAUUGCAUGUGAAAAUGGCCUUCCUCCAAUUAAGGUCUACGAUGAGUCUGGAUGUUGCUUCCAAUAUGAGUGUCAAUGUGUUUGCUAUGGUUGGGGGGAUCCUCAUUAUGUAACAUUUGAUGGAAAUUACUAUGGCUUCCAAGGAAAUUGUUCUUAUGUCUUGGUCAAAGAGAUCCUGCCAAAAUAUAACUUCAGUGUUAUCAUUGACAACUACUACUGUCAUGCCCCCGAUGGUCUGUCCUGCCCCCAGUCUCUGACAGUGCAUUACGAAUCAUUCAUUAUUUUUAUCACCCAGGAGGACAUUCAUGGCGUCUUUACAAACCUGAUUUAUAUCAACCAGGAACAAAUAAUCCCACCCUUUGAAAACAAUGACUUCAGGAUCACAGACAAUGGAAUUGAGACACUACUAGUCAUUCCUGCUAUCGAUGCACGUGUGUCCUUCAGAGGCCUAAUGUUUAGUAUCUACCUGCCUUAUUCUCUGUUUCAUGGAAACACAGAGGGCCAAUGUGGAACCUGUAACAACACUCGCAAGGAUGAUUGUCGCUUGCCAAAUGGGACAAUCGAUUCCUCCUGUUCUGACAUGGCACACAAUUGGCAUGUUCCUGAAAAUAAUCAGAGUUACUGUCAGCCACCAGUACCACUGCCUCCAGCACCUGACUGUGAUCCACCUAUCUGUAAAAUCAUCACGAGCAAGGUAUUUGAAAAGUGCCACAAUGUGAUACCCUAUGAGGCAUUCAUUGAAGCUUGCAAAUUUGAUAGCUGUCACAUGCCUGACACCCAUAUUGGUUGCAAAAGUUUGCAAAUGUAUGCAGCUAUGUGUUUGAAUUCAGGAAUUUGUAUUGACUGGCGAAACUUCACAAAUGGAGAAUGCCCCUAUCAAUGUGAAGAACCUAAAGUUUAUCAGGCAUGUGGUUCGGAAGUAGAGCAUACCUGUGAUGCCAGGUGCAAUCCAAAAUUUAUGCAGCAGCAGAACAAAUUCAACCAAAUGGACAAUGUGUUUACUGAAGGAUGUUUCUGCCCCCCGGGAAUGACUCUUUUUAGUUCCCACUCAAACGUGUGUGUGCCCAGCUGUGAAAUUUGUGCAUUACCAAAUGGAAAGUGGAAAAAGGUUGGCGAGACCUGGGUGAAUGGCUGCCAGGAGUGUAUAUGUACCACCUCUCUGAAUGUCCAGUGCAAGCCAGUGGAGUGCCCAUCCCAGCUACCUGUUACCUGUGAUGAAGUAGGACAGGUAGAGGUCAAUGAAACAGAUGGCUGCUGCCAGAAGACCAGAUGCAUGUGUAAUGUUACCCUCUGUCCUGCAACUGAACACACUUGCAAGGUUGGAUAUGAGUUAAAGAUUAACAUGGGAGUGUGUUGUCCUACCUACAAGUGCCGAAGUAAGGAUGUCUGUGUCUUCAAUGACACAGAGUAUAAGCCACAGGACAGAGUCCCCAAAGACAAGUGUAAACAAUGCUACUGUAGCCCUGAUGUGGACUCAGAAACUCAUCUGCAUAUCAUUAAGUGUUCACCAACAGUCUGUGAAACUCACUGUCAGCUGGGCUUUCAGUACCAAACCAUGCCUGGGCAGUGUUGUGGAAAUUGUGUGCAAACCAGCUGCGUUAUUAUGCUGCCUGACAAAUCCACAUAUGCCAUAAAGCCCAAUGAAACCUUCAAUGAACCUCUUAAUAAGUGUGUUAAGUAUGCGUGUGUGAAGACUGGGGAUCUGUAUAUAACCACUGAGGCCAAGACCAUCUGCCCUGACUACCAUUCAGAGGACUGCAUUCCUGGAACUGAAGUUAUUGCUCCUGGUGGCUGCUGUCAUGUCUGUGUUCCAAAAUAUAAGCCAUGUACGGUGACAAAGACAUCUUCCUAUAUACAAAGUGAUGACUGCCAAUCCAUAAAGCCAGUAGAAAUGACAACCUGUGGGGGCUCCUGUGCAACCUACUCCAUGUACUCCAGCCAAGCAAAAGAUCUGCAGCGACAGUGUUCUUGCUGUCAGGAAACAGACACAAAUAUGAAGGAGGUUGAGAUGAUCUGCCCUAAUGGGACAUAUUUUAGACACUCCUAUAUUAAUAUUGAGAAAUGUGGCUGCCUCCAAACGGAGUGCACAAUCAAAGAAGCCAUCCCAGCUCCAGCAGUGGCAAAGUUACACCAAGGCCCACAGUGAGCAUGUGGUAGUCAUAUGACCUCAUCUCUGUUUAAGUCUUCUGCCUAUUUGUAGUUUUCAUUCACAAUCUGAUUAACCACAUUUACAGCAGCCCAUCUGCUAAGAUUUUAACCUGAAAUUAAAAUGAUCAUUCUUAUUACUUACACCUGCCAUUUUUCUCUACACACAAAAUGUCAAAUUAUUAAUAAAAGGUAG